AUGUCCUCCCUCCAAUUCCAUCUCCUCAACGCGUUCGUCGUGGGAUCCAACCCUCAUAGCGGCAAUCAGGCUGCGGUCGUACUAUUUGCCGAUCCCGACGAUGAGAGAUCCACCGAUGAUAAAUGGAUGACGGCCGUAGCUAGAGAUUUUGGAUUUUCAGAAACUGCUUAUCUCGUUCCGACCAAUGAAGAUGAAGGUGAAUGGGGAUUGAGAUGGUUCACACCUGAAGUGGAAGUGAAUCUAUGUGGACACGCAACGUUAGCAUCAUCCAAAGUCCUUUUCUCCCUCUACCCUAAUUUGUCCAAGAUCAAAUUACAAACUAAAUACAGUGGUAUACUUACUGCUGUCAAAGUGAAUGAAGAAGACAUCCAAAUCACUUUACCUGGGUUAUCGUCAAAGACAUUGUCGACAUUUGGUAGUUCACCCGCGAAUCCACAAGAAGCUGAAUCGUUAGAAAGUGCGUUUGGAUUGAGUAAAGGUGGGAUAUUGGGUUAUGAGGAAAUUGAUUUCAGUGGGAAUAGAUGUUUGAUUGUUCAAUUGAAUGAAGAUGUGAAUGUUCAAAGUGUAAAAGUGGAUAUUAAAGCUUUGGUCGAAGUUACCGGAUGUGCAGUCAUCACCCAAGUGGAUACAUCUGAAUCACUCAAGACAGGUCAACUCCAUAUAAAUUCUAGAGUAUUCGGUCCUGCAUUAGGUAUAGACGAGGAUCCAGUAACCGGCUCAUCCCAUGCCCAUUUGACGGGAUAUUACCUUCUCUCCCCAUCUACCAAGUACAUCCCCAAACAGCUGCUGGACACCGUCACCUCCCCCAAGGAACUGACAGUCAUAGGUCAUCAGAGAUCUUCAAGAGGCGGGUUGUUGAAAUGUAAAUUGGAUGAAGAAUAUGGAUCGAAGGUAAAAGUGGUUGGCAAUGCCUUUGAAUUUGGUAAAGGUACAUUGAACUUGUAA